GAAGAUCGUUUGUUUAUUAUUGUUAUAGAUUACAGAGAGUUGAUUAUUAUGGUUUCCUUUGUGGUUUGCCUCGUCGCAUUUGUGAAUUUCUUGUAAUAAUGUGAUAGUAAAGUGAUAGUGUUAAUACUGAUAAUCAUGAUGGUGACAAUUGUGGUUGAGUACGUGGAAAAUUGGGAAGGAAUUUUCCAAAAGCUCUUUAGUACACCCAUAAGCUGUUGAAAAUUUGUUUCUACGUGAAUGUACGUUUAGUAGUGGUGGAUUUUGUGGCUCUUUUAUUUCGGAACAAUGAUUUGCAGUUACGUCAUUUAAUUCUUCACUUUGAGGAUUCCGUUCUGCAGGAAAAUGGGCGACAAAUACAAGAAAAAUAAAGGGAGUGCCGGCUUAGAAGGGAUACAAUUCCAGUUAGACCUACUUAUCGUCUUUUUGUUGAACGCUUUUCACAGCCGUAAGGAUUGGAAAAUUUCCUCGGAGAAUCAAGAUGCGGGAAAAUACGACGACCUCGUUCUAGAACUACCCGACCAAAGCGUUUUGCUGCAGGCCAAAUCCAAACAAAACAGGAAAAUCAACAGGGACCAACUCUUUUCGAGCAACUCUAAAAACGUUGACUUUAGUCUAGCGAAGUACUUUUUGUCGUAUCUUGAGAUUGCCCCCAAAUUUAGGAAAAAGACAGUUAUUAUUUGCACCAACACCGGGAUAGACGAGAAUGGCAUGAAGAAGGCUUUAAUCCCACAUUGUGUGGAUUCUAACAGUAUGUUGUAUUACGAGGGGGCUAAGUGCCAGUUUUUUACGGUUAAUAAAAGUGUCGUGUCCGAAUUGAAAGCCAGUGCAGAGGAUUACCUCAAAAAAAAUUUGCAAGGCAAAGGUAUUGACGGAGCGGCGAUAACGGAAGAAAACGUGGAGGAGUUCCUGGAGAAUUUACAGAUUUUCUGCAAUUAUCCCAUCGGAGAGCAGCUACACAAGAUCAUCGAUCAGUUACUGUCUCGCUUGGAUCUCUCCAACCUGUGGUGUGAAACGUCGUACCACGAAAUCUACAGGAAAGUGGAAGACUGGUUCAAGCAACCGAACGGUGAAUAUUUGACGGAAUGCCGGGUUAAGGCCAUGCUGUGCGAAAUAAAGAGUGAGAAGUAUUGUGAAUCGUUAAAAAACUACAAUGUGCGGUUUGAACGCAACGAGAUGAAGUUCGCAGAAUCAAGUAGAAUAUUUCACGUUAAGACUGACGGGGGGUGUUUGUUACCGACAUUGAAAAUAUUUUGCGCUUUACAGAGUGAUAAAAGUAACAAACUUUAUGUGAGUCCUGAGGAAUCUAUCAAAGUGCAGAAGCAGAUAGUAGAAGCAUUUGAACAACGCCGAUAUACCUACUUGAUAGUGAUUUGGAACGAAAUUAAAAACAAAAUCGCAAAAAAGGAAAUGAGUCUGCUUUUGAAGGCAAUAUUGGAAAGAGAACCGUACAAAAAAGUUAUAUUGGUAGCCGAGAGCAACAGCGAACUAGCUCGACACAUUGGAUUGACACAUAUUUCACAAGUCGACGGAUCGGAAAUGUUCGAAGACCUCUCGAAGGAUUCUCGGGAAAAGCUGCUGAGGAGGAAAAACAUAGUUUUCCAAGGUAAAACGAUCAGUGUAAAGGAACUGCUAGUGCCGCAUACGACCGAGGAUUACGCGAAAUCUUUCGACAGUGCAAUGUUAGAGAAGCUAAUCAGAGGAGAGGAAAUUAAAGUGGGGGCACCGCCUUUAGAUUUGGACGAUACCGCUUGGUACUAUGUAACUCGUGUUUUUGAGAGAGACAUCGACGAAACGCAACAGGAAAGCGAAACGUUUUCAGAGGAAAGUAUUUUCGACGUAUCGGAAAAAGUGAUAAUAAUAUCGGACAGCGCUGGGAUGGGCAAGAGCACCGUUCUCACCAACAUGGCGGCUUGUAUAAAGGCAAAAUAUCCCCGUUUUUGGGUGAUCAGGAUCAACCUCAACGACUACACGAGAUUUCUGAGAGACUCGCUGAAAAAGAACAAAAAAACGAUAAGUGCGACGGAACUGUUGAAUUCUCGAGAAACCACAAAACUAUCGAGUCGUUUCGAAAGGUUCGUUUUUUCCAUGAACGAAAAAGUAGUUCUAAUGCUGGACGGGGUCGACGAGAUCAGCCCCGAGUACACCGGUCUGAUACUCCGUCUGCUUGGGCAGUGCCGGGAAGCUUCCAACGUAAAAAAAAUAUUCGUGACUACGAGACCCCACAUGGCUUACGAGUUGAGAGCGGUCUUAGAAGUCGGGCUUUUCAAAAUGCUACCGUUCACGAGAUCCAACCAGAUAGAUUUCCUUACAAGAUAUUGGUCGUAUAACCUGCGGUUGGACGGUAAAGGAAAGGAUAAAGUCGAGUGGUACGCUGAAGAUUUGAUAGACGAGAUGUCUUUGUGGAUGCAAUUAUACUGUUACGGGAAAAGACCCUCGGAAAACCCCUUCGCCGAGAUACCGAUGCAGUUAAAGAUGGUGGCGGAGAUUUUUCAAGGAAAGUGUGGCGAGUAUUUAAACGGAAACGGAAUCGAACCUAAACUGCUGGAAGGAACUAAUCUCGCGAAGUUGUACGAGGCGUUUAUCGAGAAAAAACGUGACGUCUUCGUGGACAAGGGGAAUCCUAGCGGAAACGCCGCAGUGAACAAAGCACUCGUCAACCAGUUUGAAGAAUGCCUUGCUUGCCAUCGCAGGCUUGCCGUGCAAGUAAUCGUGGAUAAUACGGAUGCAGAAUCGUUCGGACGUUACCGCCUAGCUACCAAAGACGUGGAAAAUCUGAUGUUGAACAUAGGGAUCAUACAGAGAUUGGGCGACGGUUUCCAAUUCGUUCACAAGACGUUCGCUGAAUACUUCGUAGCAGAAUAUAUAGUACGAGAGAUGCAGCUACGGAGUCUAAACGUUGACUUCCAGAAGUUCUUGCUCGACAAAAUCUUACAGGAUAGCAAAUAUGGGGUGAUUUGUGAUUUCUUAGACAGUUUACUGCAAAAGGUCGUACACUCUUUACCUUCUAACGUCUUCGAAAGUUAUUACACCUACACGAGCGACGGUGCAGACAGGGGACGCCUCGUCUUCCAACUCUCGAAAGGUGGUUGGGUGUCGAUUCUUCAGCUCGUUUUAAAAAGCGUGGAUUUUAAAAUCAUCAGAGGUAAAAAAAUCAGUGUGAAACACCUCAAACGGAAAAAGAGAAUUAACACUUUAAACGAUUUACGUUUCCUUGUACGAAAAGCCGGAAUUAACAUCACCAAUGAAAGUGGCGACACCCCGUUGCACAACGCAACGGCAAACUGCCACUUGAACAUGACGAGGUUCCUCAUCGAACAAGGUGCGGACGUCAACAUCGGACACUCGUUAGGCAACACGCCUUUACACGUCGCGACCAUUUUCUGUUUCUCGGACAUUCUAAAAUGUCUCGUGGAGCGUGAUAGUGCAAACGACAAAGACGAUAUCGUAGAUUUUAACGUACGAAACAACGAAGGCCACACUGCCCUCUACUUUGCCGUCGAAUCGAAUACCUUGGACACUGUUAAAUAUCUCGUGGAAAAGGGCGCAGACGUUACAACAAGCGACAUUAGAGGUCGUACGCCGUUGCAUAUCGCCGUUCACGAGUGUAAUUUAAAGACUGUCGCUUACCUUGUAACACACGGAGCUGACGUAAACGUUAGGGACAACAAAGGACAUACGCCGUUGUAUGUGGCUGCUGUGAGUUGUGAGUUGGAUGCAGUGGAGUACCUUGUGGGACACGGAGCGAAUGUUAACAUAGGGGACCAUAAAGGUCGCACUCCUUUGCACGUGGCCGUUGAUAGAUGCAAGAUGGACGUUGUCGAGUACCUUAUAGCCUGUGGUGCAAAUUGUCACGUUAGGAAUAAAGACGGGCACACGGCGCUACAUUUAGCUGCGUUAGCCGGUGGAUCGGGCCUUGUUAAAUUUCCUGCAGUGCUGGAAGUAGUUGGUUCAGAUGACACUGCGACCAGCGACCGUGAAUUUUUUUAACAAAUUUAUGUCUGCUAAAUAAAAUUCUUACGUUUUAAUA